AUGGGGAGAAGAGCUUUAUUUGCUUUAUAUUUGUUUUAUUUUCUUUCGUUCUCCAUAAAUCCAGCCUAUGCUGCCAGAGUGAAACUGGGAGAUUCUAUUCUGCGACUAGACGGCGGCCAUUCUUACCUUUGGCGCCGUCUUUUAAUUUCCGGGCCAGAAUUUGGAAAUGUAAUUGGCCCAUCAAACCUUAAGGACCGACCCAACGGUCAAAAUGAAACCUCGGUGUCCCAGGUCAUCACAUUCUUGUUCAGACGCGGCCGCGAAAACAACGAGAUUUAUUUGCAAGUGUUCAGAAUAGCGUACCUUAGACAUUUACUCUUCAGCUUCAGUGUCAAUAGGAAAUAUCUAUCUAUCUAUCUAUCUAUCUAUCUAUCUAUCUAUCUAUCUAUCUAUCUCUCUCUCUCUCUCUAUAUAUAUAUAUAUAUAUAUAUAUGUGUCUCUCUUACGUUUUUCCUUCAUUUUUUCAUUAUUUUCCUUCCAUCAUUUUUAAUCUUUUCCGUCUUUCUUUUCUAUAAAAAUCUUCCUUUUACUUACAUUCCUUUCUUUACCGUUCCCAAAGGAACGUUUCAUUCUUCCCCAUUUCCUUCCCUAAAAACGUUUUCCUUCACUCAUUCAUUAUUUUCCUUCCAUCAUUCUUUCUUUUUAUUCCUUCUUUUUCUCCUACUCGAAAAUCCUUUUCUACUUUUUUAUUUUUCUUUUACCGUUUCCUUCCAACGUUUCAUUCUUCCCCAUUUCCUUCCCUCUCACGUUUUCCUUCACUCAUUCAUUAUUUUCCUUCCAUCAUUCUUUCUUUUAUUCCUUCUUUUCUCCUACUCGAUCUUCCUUUCUACUUAUAUUUUUUCCAGCCGUUUCCUUCAACAUUUCAUUCUUCCCCAUUUCCUUCCUCUGAUGUUUUCCUUCAAUAACAUUCAUUAUUUUCCUUCCAUCAUUCUUUCUUUUAUUCCUUCUUUUCUCCUACUCGAUCUUCCUUUCUACUUAUAUUUUUUCUUCACCGUUUCCUUCCAACGUUUCAUUCUUCCCCAUUUCCUUCCCUCUCACGUUUUCCUUCACUCAUUCAUUAUUUUACUUCUAUCAUUCUUUCUUUUAUUCCUUCUUUUCUCCUUUUGUUGUUAUUUUUUUCUUUUAAUGUUACCUUCCCAUUUACUCGCCAUCUUUCCAUUCCUUUUUCCCUUUUCUCCUUCAGUUUUUUUUUUCUUUUUGGACUUCUAUUCUUCCCUCACACAUUUUCUGUUUCUGCCUUCCAACGAAAUUCAUUUUGGCCAUUCGACAAUACAUUUUCCUCAUUUAAUUCAGCCAGCCUGUUUAUAUGGAAUCGGGUGGGUAGGGACCUGUGUAACGGAGGUUUCGGGGUCCCGGGUGUGGGCUACGUCGAUGACACAGCAUCCGACCAUAGACUGGCGUCAGUACCAUUUAGCCGACUCCUGGAAGUGA